UAUUAAAUUCACAGAGGGAGUGAAAGGCAUAUUUUCGACGAGAACAAACAGCUCAACGCGCAGCUUACCGUAGGAUCUUUAAGCGUGGUGCCAUCGGAAGCUCUUUUCUCUUGCUCCAACUUCGACCUCCGUUAUCCCUGAUUUUGUUUUAUUUUGUUUUGAAUUUCUAUUUCAGCGAAUACAAUCUGCAUCUUCCUCACUCAUCUCAUACAGUCAAAUCUCCGUUGUGAAUCAGUUAAGAGUUUCACUCUUCAUUAUCAAGAAUGUGUGAAUCACUGGAAUAGAUUAUUGGGUCUUGUUCGGAAGCUUGAUCUAACUUCACUUAUCAAGCGUCUCUUUUAUUGUGCGGAUUCAGUUCCAACGUUUUUGGGUUUUUGAGUAUUAUGGGAGAUCAAGUCGGAGAUAUGCUUUUAUAUGAUUAGGAAUUGGUAUAAUCUGUAUUGGGUUAUAGGGUUUAUGUGGAUUUUGGUUUUAUGAUUACCCGCUUCUUUAGCUGCUAAGAAUUUCGAGGAAAAUAGGAGGUGGAAUAUUGAGGUUUUAUGCUCUAUUGUUUUUUAGUUUCUCAGUGUGGAGAUAUCAGCUGGGAUGAACCAGGUAAUUAUAUUAGUUUAGUUAAGUGGGUUCGUUGCUUCCUUAAACAUUGGAAUAUGUGAUUUUUUAUUAUUUCAUAUUCCUUCAUUUGUCAGCGACUUAACAGCAUUAGGGUAUUGGAAUUGUAAGAGUCAAUUCGUUGAUAUAUGGAUAAUUCAGGUCUGGGAGGGCGUUUUUUGUCAGGUCCAACUGGUGGAUUACUAGACCUUGAGUCACCAAUUCAUAGACAGCAGCAGACCCAGUUGGGUCAUCCCCCUUUAACCCAUCAAAAUCAUAUGAAUUUAAUAGGUGGCCUUGAUAAUGAUCAUCAAACCAUGGGGCUAACGGAAGUCAAAGGUUCAAUCCCAAAAGGAUAUUCAGCUAAUUUCAGUAAAGGGAAAGCAGUUAGCCCUCUCAAUGCUGCAAACAAUGGCAAUGCGAGUGAAGAUGAUGAGCCAAGCUUUACAGAAGACUGGAAUGGUGAGAACUCCAGUGGGGCUAAGGGUAAAAAGGGAUCCCAAUGGCAACGAAUGAAAUGGACAGAUAAUGUGGUUAGGCUUCUUAUAGCAGUGGUUGCUUGUGUGGGAGAUGAUAAUGAGGGUGUUGACGGGCUUAAGAGGAAAUCUGGCAUCCUGCAAAAGAAAGGUAAGUGGAAAACAGUGUCAAAGAUAAUGAUGAGCAAGGGCUGUCAUGUUUCGCCACAACAGUGUGAGGAUAAGUUUAAUGACUUGAAUAAGAGGUACAAGCGGUUGAAUGAUAUUCUUGGAAGGGGAACCAGUUGUAGAGUGGUGGAGAACCCUGCUCUGAUGGACUCAAUGCCUCAUCUUUCCGCUAAGGCAAAGGAUGAUGUUAGAAAGAUAUUGAGCUCAAAACAUUUGUUUUACAAGGAAAUGUGUGCUUACCAUAAUGGACAGAGGAUACCCAACUGCCAGGAUCUUGACCUACAAGGCUGCUCAUUACCCCGUGAAAGGUGCUCAAAAGACAACGAUGGUUCAGAGGAAGAGGAAGCUGAGGGUCAUGAUGAUAGUGAUGAUGAUGAAUGGGAUGGUGAAGAUGACAGUAAUGCUAAAGUGGAUGGAGAGAGGAUGGGCAAGUAUGAGAGAGAUAAUGUAAGUGAAGAAGAUGCUCACCUUUGGACUCAAUCAGGUGGGUGCACUGGCUUUGAGGUUGAAAUGGCUGGGAUUUUUCAAGAUCCUACAGUGUCAGUAUGGGAGAAAAAGGAGUGGAUUAAGAAACAGAAGUUGCAAGUUUUGGAGCAGAGAGUCAGCAUACAGGCUCAAGCAUUUGAGCUCGAGAAGCAGCACUUCAAGUGGUUGAGAUACUGCAGCAAGAAAGAUAGGGAGUUUGAGAGAUUAAGGCUGGAAAAUGAGAGGAUAAAACUAGAGAACGAGCAAAGCAUAUUGCAACUGAGGCAGAAGCAACUGGAAAUGGAUUUCAGGAGCUCGAAAACAUCUCAAGACCCCACUUCCUUUGGUGUUGACAGAAUACAAGCAAGAGAUCAAAUUGAUCUGGGAAGGCAUCAAUAGACUCUUCAAGGUAUUCUUCCAAACCUGAAUGAGAUGCUAAAGAGAAAUGGAGAUCAUUUCAGCAGAAACAUCCAAAUACAACAUGGUAAAUAUACCGUUGUGUGCUGGUGGGAUAAUACCAGUGUUAUUUCCCCACCACUCAGGUAUCUGAGCUCCUCUAUCAUCUACUAAACAUCUCAAAUUUUCUUUUCAUUUCCACUUCCCCCUGCCAUGUUCUCAUUAAUCUAAUAAAUUCUCCCUCAGGCCAUAAACAAUUGAUUGAAGCAUACGUUUAGUUACAUAUCAUGCGAUGAAUUUUUGUUACAUAUUAAUUUCAAAUCCACUUCAUGUAUAUUAUUUUGCAGUUGCAAUUGUAAUUGUGUUUCAAGUGGAACCAUAUCAUGAUUAUUUUCUGAGAACUUAGCUCUAUCGUCCAAAGAAAUUGAGGGUAUAUUUCCAUCAUCAUGCAUGCACAAGUAGACUAGCUUGAUCUUUGAUAUAAUAUUCAUAAGAGAAGUUUGUUGCUUAGAAGAUCCCAAGAAUUGUACUGAAGGAAUCCGAAGAAGAUGUGGACUGGUGUCAUAAUAUCCGUAGCAUAGUAUUCCUACAAGAGAAGCAGCAUGUUGGGAUGGGUAAACUUUAUUUCAAUUAUGUCAGAAGUAAUAAUCAAUGAAUAGUAGUACUGGUUAAAAACUCUCUUAAAGGUGUUUGAAAUCAUUACAAGUGCUGCUGAGGAAAUGUGCCUAUGAACUUGGCACAGGUGACUCCAAGGCAAAUGACUAGCUCUUCAUGGUAAGGUGGUAUAUAAUAAGUUUAUUUAUU